GUUCUGUCUCGGAGAGCGCCAUCUCCCGCGUCCGGCCAUUUUUCCGGCGCACGGCCGGCGGUGUCCGUCCCUAGGAUACCAUCGGGGUAUUCCUCACUGUCUUUCUCUUGCUGGCUCUGUUUUCUGCCGUAUUUUUUUUAUUGUCUCCUCUAAAUGGGAGGAGUUUCGCGUCCUUAGCCGGAGAACCUGUCGGUUUCCCCUCUCGGGGGAAGGCGAGCGACUAGUUGUGAGUUUUCCGGCGGCGAGAUGGGCCUGCCCUGCGACGACGUUGUGCUCGUCCGGCAUGGCCUGAAAGCAGGGGAGCCGGCGGUCAUCACCGUCAACUGCCCCAACAAGACGGGGCUCGGGUGUGACCUCUGCUGGAUAAUCCUCGAGUUCGGGCUCAGCAUCAACCGUGGAGAUAUUUUCACUGAUGGUAGAUGGUGCUAUAUUGUAUUCUGGGUGGUGCCUCAGCCUGGCUCCUUCAGACCCAUAAGAUGGUCCAACUUGAAAACCAGGCUAUUGUCCAUAUGUCCUUCCUGUUCUGUUCCGAUAUACUAUAUCCCUGAGGCAAAGCCGCAGAAAUCUUCUGUAUACUUGUUGAAGUUCAUUUGCUCCGAUAGAAAAGGACUUCUGAAUGAUGUCACUCAUGUCCUCACUGAGCUCGAGCUAAUGAUUCACAAAGUUAAAGUGUCAACAGCCCCCGAUGGAGGUGUUGUUGACCUCUUCUUCAUCACGGAUUGCAGGGAGCUGUUGCACACCAAACAAAGGAAGGAAGACACCUGUGCAAGAUUAACUGAGGUUCUGGGCGAAUCCUGUCAGAGUUGUGAACUGCAGCCGGCUGGUCCAGAAUAUGAAUCUUAUCAGCAUGGCUUUUCUUCACUGCCUCCAGUUGUAGCUGAUGAAUUAUUCUGCUCUGAUCUAUCAGAAGCAGAAAUUUGUUCACAAACCCUUGUUCCAGAUAUCUUACGCCUAAAGAAGGCUACCUUGUCCAUAGACAAUUCUCUAAGUCCUGCACAUACAUUACUUCAAAUACAGUGUCUCGAUCAGAAGUGUCUUCUCUACGACAUAAUGAGAACUUUGAAGGACUGCGGAAUCAAGAUUGCUCAUGGGCGGUUCUCAUCCAAUCCGAAGGGCUACUGUGAGCUGGAUCUGUUCAUUGUGCAAGCAGAUGGGAAAAAAAUAGUAGGUCCAGAGAAACAGGAGAGCAUAUUUUCACGUCUGAGGAUGGAAAUGCUCUAUCCACUGCGCCUGACAAUCGCAAACCGCGGUCCCGAUACUGAGCUCUUGAUUGCUAAUCCAGUUGAAUUAUGUGGUAAAGGACGACCUCGCGUCUUUUACGAUGUUACCCUUGCCCUGAAAGCACUGGGCAUCUGCAUUUUUUCGGCUGAGAUUGGGAGGCAUUCGACGUCUGAGCGCCAAUGGGAAGUUUACAGGUUCCUUUUGGAUGAUACACGCGAAUUCCCUCUCAGCAAUGACCGAGCAAGACAUCAGAUUGUUGACAGGGUGAGGAGGACAUUGAUGGGCUGGUGACUGUGGCAAUCGAUUAAUCCCUGCAAUGUGUGAUAAGCCACCUGCUUGGAAUUAGAUGAGGGUAUAACAUUAAGACGUGUUUAUUUUCUUUUAGAUCUGUUUCGCUUUGUAUUAUGUAGAAGGUACUAGAGAACAAAUAAGCAAUUGGAAAUGAGAUCCAGCUGUACAGCCCCUUUCAUCAACUUGUAGAGAAAUAGCUUGUCAGGUAACUUUCAAUGAUUCUCAAGCAUAUUCUUCCUGGUGCUGUAGUCUCCAGCUUCAUAA